AACGGUUGCAAUUCUCGGUCACUUUGUAGAUACUAGUAUAAUUAAAUUAAAACUUGUAUUUUUCGGAUUGAUAGCGAUUCAUUGCAAAUCGGGAAACCUCACAGAAAGCACCACUGCAAAAUGGCUGAUAACGUGGACCUGGAAAAGUGCUUCGAGGUGGUCAGCAAUCUGGUCUCCGAGGCUGGAAGGCUCAUCGCUCGUCGCAAUGAAACCCGUCAGGAAUUUGUGUGCAAAAGCAACGACAUUGAUUUGGUGACCCAAACGGACAAGGAGGUGGAGCAGCUGUUGAUGGACGGAAUUCGCCGGCAUUUUCCGGAUCACAAGUUUAUUGGAGAGGAGGAGAGCAGUGGGGAGGAGGGCGUUAAAAAGCUGACGGAUGACCCCACCUGGAUCAUCGAUCCCGUGGAUGGCACUAUGAAUUUCGUUCACGCCUUUCCCCACUCGUGCAUUUCCGUGGGUCUGAAGGUGAACAAGGUCACGGAGUUGGGUCUGGUCUACAACCCGAUCUUGGAGCAACGCUUCACCGCGAGGCGAGGACAUGGAGCCUUCUACAAUGGCCGCAGGAUCCAUGUGAGUGGCCAGCAGGAACUGGGAAAGGCUCUGAUCACCAGUGAGUUUGGAACCACUCGUGAUGAGGCCAAGAUGAAGGUCGUCAACGAGAACUUUGAAAAAAUGGCCAAAAAGGCGCACGGUUUACGAGUCCUGGGUUCGGCUGCCCUCAACAUGUCCAUGGUGGCCUUGGGAGCCGCUGAUGCCAACUAUGAAUUUGGCAUUCAUGCCUGGGACGUCUGUGCCGGGGACUUGAUUGUUCGCGAGGCCGGAGGAGUGGUAAUCGAUCCAGCUGGCGGGGAAUUCGAUAUCAUGUCGCGAAGGGUCCUGGCAGCAGCCACGCCCCAACUGGCCCAGGAAAUCAGCAAAGUGCUAACCCAGUUCCAUCCCCUACCCCGCGAUGAUUGAAGACCAACAGCUACUUAACCAAUGGCAUUUUGCGCGCAUAUACUUAUAUAGGUAAUGGAACUAUGUAUGUAACUCCAUUCCGUACUAACCACUUGAAGGCAUUUCGAUUGAACCGACCAUGUACCUAACAAAGAAAAUGAAUACGCCUAGUCAUGGAUAUUCCAACUAAAUCGUUUUAUGUAAACAAGAAGUGGAAAUGGAACUUUUCCAAAGAUAUGAUUAAAGAUUGUUGACAAAACAAAA